CAAUUAUCAUGGCUGCCGCAAACAUCUCAAAGCUUGAAGAACAUCUGGCCACAAGGUCCUACGUCGAAGGGUAUACCCCAUCUCAGGCCGAUGUCCACGUCUUCAAGGCGAUCGCCUCGGAGCCCAGUGCGGCCGCAAACCCCCAUGUAGCAAGGUGGUAUACCCACAUCAAAUCGUACGCUGCAGAGCAUCCAUCAUUGCCGGGUUCUAGCACUGCUGGAGAAGCUUUUGUUGGAGAAUCUAGCAAAGCUCCUGACGCAGAGGAAGACGAUGAUGAAAUCGACCUCUUUGGAGAGGAUGAGGAAGAAGAUGCCGAGGCCGAGAGAGUUAAGGCUGAGCGUGUUGCUGCGUAUAAUGCUAAGAAGGCGAACAAACCAAAAACCGUCGCGAAGUCCGUCGUGACUAUGGACGUCAAGCCAUGGGAUGAUGAAACCGACAUGGAAGCCCUUGAAAAAUCUGUCCGAUCUAUCGAACAAGAAGGUCUCAUCUGGGGUGCAAGCAAACUCGUUGCAAUCGGUUAUGGGAUCAGGAAGCUCCAAAUCACCCUUGUCGUUGAGGAUGAGAAGGUCUCCACGGACGAACUGCAAGAGAAGAUCGCUGAGUUUGAUGACUAUGUGCAAAGCACAGAUAUCGCUGCUAUGCAAAAACUCUAAAGUUGACGGAUCUUGAACCCUUAGAGGGAAUUCUAAACUUUGUAAAACAAUGUAACGAUUUGUCGGAGUUCUAUUCAAUGUGGUACACUUUAUCCAUCA